AUGCUGUGCCAAUUCGCGCGUGCUCGUGUCUCGGUCGUCAUGUCCGGAGGUCGGGCGGGUUCACGGGAGGUGCCAAUGGACGUUAGCCAUGAGCUACUAUCAGCUUCCUCUCGCAACAACCUCAUGCUCAUACAACCAGCGCUCGUCUUGCCAACAUCCGCUGACCUCGGCCUCAUCGGCCUGGCCGUUAUGGGCCAGAACCUGAUCAUGAACGCUGCUGAUCACGGUUUCACCGUCUGCGCUUUCAACCGUACCGUCGCGAAGGUCGACCGCUUCUUGGCCAACGAGGCCAAGGGCAAGUCCAUCGUGGGCGCUCAGAACAUCGAGGAGUUUGUCAGCAAGCUCAAGAGCCCCCGCCGUGUUAUGCUUCUCGUCCAGGCUGGCAAGGCUGUCGAUGACUACAUUGAGACCCUUCUGCCCCUUCUCGAGAAGGGUGACAUCAUCAUCGAUGGUGGUAACUCUCACUUCCCCGACUCCAACCGCCGUACCAAGUACUGCGAGACCAAGGGCAUCCGCUUUGUUGGCUCCGGUGUCUCCGGUGGUGAGGAGGGUGCCCGUUACGGCCCCUCUCUGAUGCCCGGUGGUAACGAGGAGGCCUGGCCUUACAUCAAGGACAUCUUCCAGAGCAUUGCCGCCAAGAGCGACGGCGAGGCUUGCUGCGACUGGGUCGGUGACGAGGGCGCUGGUCACUACGUCAAGAUGGUCCACAACGGUAUCGAGUACGGUGACAUGCAGCUCAUCUGCGAGGCCUACGACAUCCUCAAGCGCGGUCUCGGUCUCUCCCCCAAGGAGAUUGGUGACAUCUUCACCGAGUGGAACAAGGGCGUCUUGGACUCUUUCCUGAUCGAGAUCACCCGUGACAUUCUCUACUACAACGACGAGGACGAUGGCACUCCCCUCGUCGAGAAGAUCCUCGACAAGGCCGGCCAGAAGGGUACCGGCAAGUGGACUGCCGUCAACUCCCUGGACCUCGGUAUCCCCGUCACCCUGAUCGCCGAGUCCGUCCUUGCCCGCAGCUUGUCUGCCCUCAAGGAGGAGCGUACCAAGGCUUCCAGCAUCCUUCAGUACGUCGGCCGCUCCAACAAGUUUGAGGGCGACAAGAAGCAGUUCAUCGACGACCUCGAGCAGGCUCUGUACGCCUCCAAGAUCGUCUCCUACGCCCAGGGCUUCAUGCUCAUGCAGGAGGCCGCUAAGGAGUACGGCUGGAAGCUCAACAAGCCCUCCAUUGCCCUCAUGUGGCGUGGUGGCUGCAUUAUCCGCUCCGUCUUCCUCAAGGACAUCACCAACGCCUACCGCAACAACCCCGACCUUGAGAACCUUCUCUUCGACAACUUCUUCAAGGACGCCAUCCACAACGCCCAGCCCGGCUGGAGAGACGUCGUCGCCAAGGCCGCCCUCCUUGGUAUCCCGACUCCCGCCUUCUCUACUGCCCUGUCCUGGUUCGACGGCUACCGCACCAAGGACCUCCCUGCCAACCUCCUCCAGGCUCAGCGUGACUACUUCGGUGCCCACACCUUCCUCGUCAAGCCCGAGAGCGCCACCAAGCGCUACCCUGCCGGCGAGUACAUUCACGUUAACUGGACUGGUCGCGGAGGCAACGUCUCUGCCUCUACUUACAACGCUUAA